AUGGAGCAUGAUCAAGACCAAGAAGCUCUAUUUCAUUCAUACCCUUUUGCAUAUUACGUGCAAAGCCCAUCAACUAUCUCCCAUGCCAACAGUGCCGAUAUCCGGAACACCAUCCCCGAAUCUGAAUUCCAAUCCCCAACCCGACCUGAACCAACAAACCCGACCCUUCACGAAGAGGCCUCCCGCUUCACUCUCUCACACUACUCCUCCUCCCGCGGAUCCAGCCACUCAUUCUUGCACCAGAAGAAGAUCUCAUACGACGCACGUAGCAACGGAACGGGCACCGAAAAUGGAGUAAACCGUUUGAUUAUUGUGGACGGCGGUGGCAAGGGCGAUGAUGGUGGUGAUGAAGAUGAUGAUGAGGAAUAUUACUAUGGUGUGAGAAAAACAUCAAGGUGGUGGAAGACGUAUUGUUCAUAUCGUAAUUCAGAUUCGUGUGUAUGGAUUUGUAUGCAAAUAAGUUGGAGGGCUAUGUUGAGCUUGUGCAUUGCAUUGCUUGUGUUUUACAUUGCUACAAAGCCCCCUCCACCCAAAGUGUCAAUUAAGAUGGCAGGAAUUGGCGAAUUUGGACUAGGGGAAGGAGUGGAUGGCUCGGGUGUCACCACUAAGAUCCUCACCUGCAAUUGUUCCAUAAAUCUAAUAAUAGACAACAAAUCGAAGCUCUUUGGCCUUCACAUUCAUCCUCCAACAAUCCAAAUGCGCUUCGGCCGCUUACCUUUUGCUUUAUCACAUGGACCAAAGCUAUAUGCUGCUGAGAGUGGGUCAUCAAAAUUCAAGUUAUAUGCUGGAACAAGGAAUAAGCCAAUGUAUGGUGCCGGAAGAAGCAUGGAGGACAUGCUAGAGUCAGGGAAGGGUUUGCCAUUGGUCCUUCGAGUGAGCUUGCGCUCAAGUUUUCAUGUCGUUUGGAACCUUAUUAAGCCUAAAUUCCACCACCAAGCUGAAUGCUUGCUUGUCCUUCAUAGGGCAUAUGAUAAAAAGCAUCGCACUCAGACAUACAAUAGCACCUGCAUAAUGACUUAGUCUAUCAAUUAUGUACACCCCUCUCUACAAGAAAAUCUGAGAAUUUUAAAUUUUUUUUUUUUCUGAAACCAAAAAGGAAAAAGAAAGAGAGAGAGAGACGAAAAAAUGUCAACCAGAAAAGGAAAAGGGACUCAGAUGUUGC